AUGGAAGAGUAUGAAUACAGGAGAACAGACUGCUUCAACCCUCAAAUUAGGAAUCUCCUUGUCUUGUUGCGUCAAUGCAAGACCAAAGAAGACAUGCAAGCCAAUAUUCAGAGUCUACAACGGCGAAUUCAGAUAUUGACUCAAGCAAAGGAUUUGACUAUCUUCCUCCCAAAUUCUCCCAUGAUGAGAGAAUUGUACAUCCGACUGGGGCAUAUAAUUUCAAGCGUGGAAUCUCCACUGCAAAGGAACAUCAUUGAACUACUGCACUACAUAUGCAAGAAUGAGACUAUUCGUGUGAACUUGAGAGAUGAAUUUUGCUAUCUCUUCUGCAUAAACCAAAUGGCAGCAAUAGUGAGCUGGAAAGCAGAUGAGAAGGACAAGCUUCUGGACCUGAUUGGAUGCUUGUCAGAAGGAGUUAAACUUCCAGCAGGUGCUACCUUGUCUAGGAUUGUGGAUCUAGCUGUGGGUGAAUUGCUUGUGAGAGGAAAGGCUCAGGCUGACUGCACAUCAGCCCUCAGUGUCCUUGUGAACAUGCUACAUCGAAAUCAUGCACUAGUUGACCAACUCAUCCCAUACAAGAAGGAGAUCUGUGAGAUUUUCAAGACAGUCAAUCUCUCAGAGGCCAACAUCAUCAGGGAGACCUUGAUUCUUCAUUGGCUCAGUCAAUGUCGUAUUCAGUUGGAUAAAGCAGAGAAAGACUUCAAAAUGAUGCUGGAUGUGGUUUGUAAACAAGCACUUGAGAAUGAUGCUCUUGCUAUUUCCCAUGCAUGUGCCUUGUUUGAGGAGUAUGAAAUGUUAGGCAAAGUCAAACCUGAGAGUAUUCCCCUUGAUCAUCUCACACAAGUUCUUGGGAUCCUUGAAAUGAAGCCUAUCAUGGAAUCCAAGGUGGAAGUAAGAUUUUCACAAUUUGUGAAAUGCAUUGUCCAAUCAGGAAUCCUCUCAUUGCAAGAUCAUGCAGGAAUGCUGUUUGAAUGGGUUUUUGGGAUCCAUCAGAAGGAGGGAUGUGCAUGUGAAUCCCUAAGUCUUGCUGAAACACUUGUUGACCAAGCAGAUUUUUCACUGUUGCUUCCUCAUAUAAAGGGAUUGUUCACUAUCAUCAAUAAUUCCUUCAAGAUGUUUAUAGAUUCCCAAGACACUUACUUUUCCUCCAUUGUGCUAUUCAAGACAUUUUCACUGUUGGAGAUCAUAUCUGAGAAAGGUAAAAACCUUAACCAUGAUGGCUGGAGGGUUCUCCAGCUGGAUUUAGUUGUCAAUGCAUUUUUCCAUCUUGCUCAACUGCAGGAGGAAGAAUCCCCACAGAAGGAAAGGCACAAUUUUUCAGCUCUCUUUCUAAAGUUUAUCAGAGUCCUACAGAUGAUGAAAAAUACAAAUGAGGAAUGGAAGUCAUUCUGUGAACAUGCUCUUCAGGAUCCUGCAGUCACCAGUGCAUUAGCCCAUGUCCUUCGUUUCUCCCAUAAUCAACAGGACAUCCUUGUUGCAUUGGAGACUUUCAGACUAAUAGCAGCAGUUGAAAACUGGGAGGAUUCUCUUUCUGUCUGUAUGUCCCAGCCAAUGCAAACUGUGCCAGGUGAGGUGCAGAUUCCUAUUUGGUCUGGAUCUAACCUUCUUACAAUUCCAUCCUCUAUCAGGAGCAAUCCUGAUGAAGUCCCUGAAGGAUUGGGGUGUCAUGGUCUGAUUCAUCUCUAUGAAAUGGCUUUAAAAGCAAAGGAGGAGAAAGAAGAUCAGCAAAAACGGCUUUUUGAGGAACAAUUGAGGAGUGAGAGGGAAGAGCUUCUUGUUGUCAAAGAAAUGCUCAUGGGUUGGAAGGCAACAGUUGCAUCCACUCUAGCAGAAAAUCAACACAUGACACUGGAACUGAAACAACAAGAGGAGAAGCUCAUGUCACAAUCUAGAGCCAUCAAGGAAUUGCAGGAGAGAUUUCAAAAGGCUCACCUGGAGUGGGAAGAUGAAAAGCAAAAAUUGGAAGAGCAUAGCCAAGAGCUGCAGCAAAAGUUGGAAACCAAAGAACAGGAUUUGAUGCUUAGUCAGCAGCAUAUAUCAGAGAAAACACAUAUGCUCAAAAAGAUGCAAGAUUCCAUGAAGCAUAUGAAAGAUAACUUGGAUGAAAUGGAACUAUUGACUCAAUCCCAAGAAGGGACAAUCAAAGAGAAGGAGAUCAUCAUUUCGAAAAAAGAAUCAGAAUUGGAGAAGCUACGAAUUGAGAAAGAGAAACUGCAGGCAGAAGUUGUUCAUCUUGAGAAGAUCACAGACUAUAUUUCGAGCAUUGCUGCAAGCCGGAAGCAGGAACCUGUCUGAUAAUACAGUGAAUGCAGGAAUAAUGAUUUAUAGAACAGUACAUAGCAAGUGGAGCAUUCAAGAGCCUUUGAAAGUUCAAAUGAAUUUCCUUAUCUGAAUGGAAUGAAAUGAAUACGAUGAAAAAUCAUUUUCUUCAUAUCAA